UAAUUAAUUUUUUUAAAUAGUGAUUAUUAAUGUAUUUACACUAGUUUUGGAAUUAUCCUUUAGACAUCAUUAAAAUGAAUUUAAUUUUAAAAUUAACGGGAAGCUGUCAAAUUAUCUUUUUAUUUUUUGUUUGUUUGUUUUCGCGAAAAACAGUAGCAGUAUAUGAUGAUAACGGAGUACAAAAUAUAAAAUGGAUGACGCAAACACAAAAUGAUCCCGUUUAUGAAAAAGAUAUGUUGGAAUUACUAAACAAUAUGGAAACUUUAGAACCUGUCAAUCAGGAAGGAAUCAUGAGAUUACGUUUUGAAGAGCGUGAUAUUAAUUUAUUGACAAAAAAAUGUUCGAACAGAUCAUGUGUGAAUGAGAAGGAAACUGCCAUAACAAAAUAUAAGAGAAAAAUAGAAGCAUUACAAUGUGUGAAUGCAGCUAUAGUAUACACUGCUCUUCUCAACAUGAAUUAUUUUCUUUUUAAACAAGGAAACAUUGAUUACCAAAAGACAGCAGCGCGAAUGUUGUCUUUAUUAUACAAUGCGAAAAUUACAGCUCAUAACUGGUUAUGGUCAUUUUAUUUUAGAAUGGGAUCACCAGAUGAUUAUAAAACGCUAGAAGUCGAUAAAUAUUAUCCUGAAAGGCGUCUUCAAGAUGAAAUCAUACAACAUUUGGAACUUUGUCGGUCUUAUAAAUAUUUACCACCAGACUUUGGAAAUAACGUAGCCGAAGAAAAAUAUGAAAAAGAUAAACUUAUGAGGAUUCGUCAAUAUUUUUAUAAAGACGAAAACACAAAUUUAUUAUACCUGAAGAAAAUAUACUCUGAAGCUAAAUAUUUUAACUUAAAAAAUUUAAUGUUGUCUAACGUUUACAAUAAUCAAAACUUGUUGUUUCAUAAGCUUGGCAACGUUGAAGUUAGCUGGGAGGAAACAAAAUUACUGUUAAAUAAAGUUAAAUUGAGGCCAACUGACUCAACAUCGUAUUCAUUGAUCAUGCGUAUAAUUAAGUUAAAUAUACUUUAUUUAUUGUGGAAGCAUAGUAAUAUAUUUUAUGUUAGUCUUAAGCGAACCUUUUUUGAUCCAGCAAUGAACUUGACAAAUCGCAAAAUAUCAGAGUUUCAAAAUGCAAUAUUGUAUGGAUUUGAUUUGGCUAUCCAAAAUAUAGGUCUUUUAAAUGAUCUUUUGUUCAUAAAUAUUUUGCAUAAUUUAAAGCAGAAGAUACAAGGAAAUAUAUUGAUUAACCGAAAGUUGUGUAAGAAUUUAGAAGAAAUGAACAACAAUCUAAAAAAUAUUAUAGUAGAAGAUUUGAUAGAACUUGACGUGAAGCCCCAUCAGAUCGAGGUUUUGUUCAGACCCAAUAACAUACCAUCUAAUAUUGAUCAAAUGACAAAUUUGAAUUUACCGCAAUAUCGGGAACAUAUAGAUCAACUCUUAAGCUAUGGAGAAACCGUUAAAAAAAUUUUAGAGCCUAUUAAUUUUUAUGUUUUAGAAUUAUUUAUUAAUGGAAAAUCAAAAUUAGUUGAAACAUUUUUCAUGUAUUAAAUAACAGUAACACAUUAUUUGUUGUGUAUAAUAAAUAACUUUUUAUAUGUCCUAAAAUAUUUUAAUUUGAGUACUGAUAACUUAUUAAUGGUAAGACAAAAUUAAGAAAAUUAUAAGAAAUGUCGGCAACAUAUUCUAUUUGAUAGCUACAUAAGGUUUAAUUUAAAUUUUGUGCAUUUAAGAAAAUAAAAAUCUAUUUUA